CACCCUUAAAAUUAUGUUUGUAUUUGUAAUUGUAAAAGCUGUUCCCUAGGCCUCGGAGUAGGAGGAGCCAAACAUGUCACACACACGAGAAGCCGCCCCCAACUACAUAAACAACCAACCCUCCCUUUUUAUCUCAUUACCCCCCAUCCCCAUGCCUCCCCCUCACACCACCACCACCGCCGCCGCCACCACCGAGACCCGCUACCGCGGCGUCCGUAAACGCCCAUGGGGACGUUACGCCGCCGAGAUAAGAGACCCCGGCAAAAAAAGCCGCGUCUGGCUCGGCACUUUCGACACAGCCGAAGAAGCCGCUCGCGCUUACGACUCCGCCGCCCGUCAGUUCCGUGGCGCCAAAGCCAAAACUAACUUCCCUGAUCACGCCGCCGCCGCAGCUGCUCCUCCGCUUCCGCCGGAAGCGCUUGAUCUUACCCUCUCCGGUGGGUUUCCGAUUGCACGUUCUUUGUUCCUGUACCGUGCCCCCCAAAUGAAUGCGAAUGUUAAUAUGUUUAGAUCGGAAAGAUCUGUCUCCGGUGAUCCUUGUGUGACAGUCGGUGCCGGAAGCGAUUCUGAUUCGUCGGCGGCUGGUAGUUUUGGAUAUGCUUCUGACCGGUUGAUGAAACGGGAGAAACCGUUUACGCUUGAUCUUGAUCUUAAUUUUCCUCCGCCGGAAGUUGUUUAAUCGGAAGUUUUUGUUUUGUUUUUAGAUGAGAUUUAACGGGAGAUAAAAGUUGGUCUUUGUUGGAAUCAAAGCAAAGCAGCCUGAUAAGUUUUUGAUGCGCUGAUAAUGUUGAAUUUCUUGUUCAGUUUGUACAUUUAUUUAUAUGAUGAUGAUGAAAAACAUAAACUCUUUUGGUU